AUAAGCUCCCAGCUUCAAAACAUUGGCUCUGCUACCUGGACAGUGUGCUCUGCUGCUGGGAAUUACCGCUCUGCUACCUGGACAGUGUGCUCUGCUACUGGGAAUUACAGCUCUGCUACCUGGAUUGUGCCAAUACUUGGAACUCCUACUCUGCUACCUGGACAACCUGCUCUGCUAUCUGGAUACUCUGCUUUGCCAAGUGCAUUAACCAUAGAUGGAUUAUGACCGGGAGUGAUAUUAUUGACCCAUUCUCAGUGCACAGACCUGCAGGGUAAAUACCCGGCUUGGAUUUGUAGCAGGCAGCUCAGGCAAAACAGUUUUUUUCGGGUGCUUUACAGAAUAUUCCGAUCUUUGCAGGACCCCCUGGGUAAUAGUGCCUGAUCCCUGUCUUACAAUGAGAGCUGAGCUAAUGCUCCCGAUCCUUAUUCUAGGAAUGCAACUGGGGCAGGUUCAGCCAGCUGGAGUUUUCGAGCUGAAGAUCCAUUCUUUCAGUAAUCCACACAGUGCUUGUAUCUCCAACAGACCUUGUCGCCUUUUCUUCCGCGUGUGUCUGAAGCAUGCCCAGCCCGUUGUUUCUCCAGAUCCCCCAUGCACAUUUGGAAUGGCACUUAGUGGUAUCCUGUCUGCAGAGCCUGGUGCCAUUGCAAGCAGCAGUCCCAUUCGUGUUCCCUUCCACUUCAAGUGGCCGGGCACUUUUUCCCUAAUCCUGGAGUCCUGGAGUACACAGACAUCUGAACAGUCCACAGAGAACCCCGACCAGCUCCUGAGUCGCUUGGUAACACGGCGACGCUUGUUUGUAGGAGAAGAUUGGUCACAGGAUAUACAUUCAGGGCAGCAAAGUGAACUACGUUACUCCUAUCAUGUAACCUGUGAUGAGUACUACUAUGGAGACAGCUGCUCAGACUACUGCCGUCCUAGAGACGAUACAUUCGGACAUUACACCUGCGACCAUGAAGGAAACCGGCUGUGUCUGGCUGGAUGGAGAGGAGAGUACUGUGCUGAGCCAAUCUGUCUGCCCGGCUGCAGUGAGUCCCAUGGUUUCUGCGAAGUGCCCGGCGAGUGCAAGUGUCGUAUGGGUUGGCAAGGAUUGCUGUGCGAUGGGUGUGUGCGCUACCCUGGAUGUCUCCACGGAUCCUGCGCCCAGCCAUGGGAGUGCACGUGUCAGGAAGGCUGGGGGGGCCUGUUCUGCAACCAGGACUUAAACUACUGCACCAACCAUAAGCCGUGCCGCAACGGAGCCAGCUGCACCAACACAGGACAAGGAAGCUACUCCUGCAACUGCCGAGCCGGUUACACUGGCACAAACUGCGAAAUCGAGACCAAUGAGUGUGCCAGCAACCCAUGUAAGAAUGGGGGUAGCUGUGAUGACCUGGAGAAUGACUACAGGUGUGUUUGUCCACGAGGUUUUUACGGAAAGAACUGUGACAUCAGCGCCAUGACGUGUGCAGAUGGGCCCUGCUUCAAUGGGGGAACAUGUGUACAGAAGAGCAGCAUGAGUGGAUAUGUCUGCAGCUGCCCCUUUAACUACCACGGCUCUAAUUGUGAGAAAAAGAUUGACCGAUGCUCAAGCAGUCCUUGUCUGAACGGAGGUCAGUGUCUGGACGUUGGGCGGAAUGUGGUGUGUAGAUGUCGCUCUGGAUUUUCUGGACUGAGAUGUGAAAUAAACAUUGAUGACUGUGCCAGUGGACCCUGUGCUAACGGAGGGACGUGUGUGGAUGGGGCAAACACUUACACCUGCUCCUGUACACUUGGCUACGGAGGAAAAGACUGCACGCUGCGCGAGGAUGCCUGUAGCUCCCGCCCUUGCCAUAAUGGUGCCACCUGCUACACCCAUUUCACUGGCCAUGUGUGCCAGUGCCCUGUGGGUUAUAUGGGCUCCAAUUGUGAGUUUAGGGUAGAGGAUCCAACACCAUCGUCCUACCAGUCUGACCCCCCCUCCACGCUGGCUCUGGCCGCCUGUCUGGGGCUAGUUACCCUGUGUUUGAUGGGAAGCGGAGUAUUAAUUCUUAUGCGAGCUCUGAGAAAGCCAAGAGUUGACAUAAACAAGAAGGACAAUAACCACCUCGAACCCAAAAAUAACCUAAAGGAAAAUGAGCCUUUCCUGAUCUCACCAACACAUUUCAAAAUGCCAAACCAAGAAGGCCUGAGAGAGAAAUCUGGGAGCAAACAAAAACUCCUCCCAGCAUCAGAAAGUGAAGAAAUUAGGGGUGCACACUGCGAUCGCUUUAAAUCAGACCUCACACCCCCGAGAGGAUUCCAGGAAGGAUAUACCUAUCAUCCAAUGUACAAUCAGCCAAGCCACAAGGAGCAGUGUGUAUUUGCUACAGAGGUAAUUCUACAUCAAGGGUGAAAGGCACCAAAUGAUGCACAUUGCUCCCUCACAGGCAUUCCAAAAUCUAUCGUUAGCUUGUCACGUUACCUUAACUAUAUAAUCCAAGAAUGACCUGCCACAGAAAACACACUGCCAGAGCAUUGUACCCCAACAAUAAAACACACAUGCUGAGGAUUGUACCCCAACAAUAAAACAUACAUACUGAGGAUUGUACCCCACCAAUAAAACACACUGAGGAUUGUACCCCAACAAUAAAACACACAUACUGUGCAUUGUACCCCAACAAUAAAACCACACAGCCUAAGCAUUAUACCCCAACAAUAAAACCACACAUACUAAGCAUUGUACCCCACCAAUAAAACCAGAGAUACGGAGCAUUGUACCCCAACAAUAAAACCAUUCAUACUGAGCAUUGUACCCCAACAAUAAAACCCACUUACUGAGCAUUGUACCCCAACAAUAAAACCCACUUACUGAGCAUUGUACCCCAACAAUAAAACACACCGCCUGAGUAUUGUACCCCAACAUUGAACACACCGCCUGAACAUUGUACCCCAACAAUAAAACAGUAUUAACAUUGUAUGCUAACAUUAAACACACAGCCUGUGCAUUGUACCCCAAAAUUUUACACACAGCGUGUGCAUUGUACCCCAACAUGAAACACGCAACCAGACUGUACCCUUAUCUUAGGUACACAGCCUGUGCAUUGUAUCCCUAUAUUAAACACACAGCCUGAUUACAUUGUAUAAAUAUAUAGCUUUUACACAUUGUACCCCCAGAUUAAAUAUGUAAUCUGUACAUUGUACACCUAGAUUAAACAUGUAGUC